AUGAAAGACGACAAUGCAAUGGACUUGGAUCCACAGCUCAAAGACCUCACCAUCGGAGCAGAAGCCCUUAUUUUUCCUAACCAUGUAGUUCCACAAAGGACGCCCACGCCAUUUCCCUCACAAAUGCGCAGUGACGAUUGCCCAAAUGAUUGCCAAAAUCACAAUCACCAAACCCAUCAAAAUGGUAGCCAAAGUAACAAUAGUGGGCGCCUGGAAGAUUGCGCAGACUAUCGUCAACGAAUCCCCAGAAAACCACUUAAAAGACCUAAGCGUUUCUAUCAUCUGCCCACACCCUCACAUGACCACUCAGCACCAGCCGUUCUUCUCCAGCAGCACGCAGAAUUAUUGGAGUCGAUCAAUUACGACGGUUUUAUGGAUACAUCCACCAGCACACGAUACGGACGGUGGGAUACGACGCUGUCCAUCCAUAAUAGUGCCAACAAUAGUCGCGAGAGUCGCAACAGUAAGAACAGUAUUAGCAGCCGAAAUAGUGGAGGAAGUGUUAAAGAACGAAAUCUUACGCAGAGAAGAAGUAAGGAAGACAAGGGCGCGGAACGGAAGAAGGGCAGAAAACCUGAACUGAAAAAGGUGAAUGAUAAGACAGGAGGUAAUAGUGAGAUGGAUGUAAAGAAUGCUACAGUUCACAAUAAUCCUGAAGGUCUGAAUUUCCCACUACAGGGGGGAAAAAAUUAG